AUGGCUCGGUCUAUCUACAAUGAUCAUGAUCGUUUCGAGUCUGUCUACUUCAGCCGAUUUCCUGGCUUCUUCGUGACUGGUGAUGGAGCUCAGCUGGACAAAGAUGGCGACUUUUGGAUAACGGGUAUGUGUUUGUACUGUCUGCUCUGCAUGCCACAACAAUUUUGUUGUUUUGCAAGUGUGCUGGGUACGCAAUCGUUCCAGUUCGCGUCCGGCGCUUAG